UGUUUUACUGAGGCCAUUGGGGUUAAGUGACUUGCUCAGGGUCACACAGCUAGGAAGAAUAGCUGUAUUUUUAAAGGAAGUUAAAAAGCAUCCAGAUAGAAACUGAAAUCUGAGGAGAGACUGAAGAAAGCUUUCAGAAGAAACCAAUCUAAUUGGAGGCAGAGAAGCCAGGGGUGGAGUUUCUGGUGAAGAAACACCUGCUCUUCAGAAUCGAAACUUAAAAACUUUAGGUUCUCUUUUUAAGCUGAAUAAAUACCUGCCAGAGGAAUCAUCUACAAGCUAGCUUAAUUGUAAAGUUAAUACAUUGAAUGAAAAAGGAGGAAUAAUGUUAAGAUAUUUUUGGAAUUGGUUCACUAACCUUUACUUGAAGCCUGCUGAGAAUCUAGAUCAGUUCAUUCAGAAUAAUUUGCAACCUCCAAAAAAGGAACUGGAGCAAAUUGAGGAGAGAAUUAACACCAUCUGUGAGUUCUUGGAGAAACAGCAGUCACCGAGUCAAGUGAAGGGUAUAGUUCUGGUAAGUCCUGGAAGGGAGAGGGGAAAAAAAGAGGGAAAGGGAAAAAAAAAGAAGAAGAAAAGAAAAAGUGGGAGGGGAGGGAGAGGGAAAGGUGGAUCCUAUGGCAGAAACACUGUUCUCAACGGCCACUCUGAUGGCACCAUUGUCAUCUUCUUCAGUGAACGUUUUGCAGAGGCCCAUAUGAAGCAGAUGUUUAUAAGGGACUUUAAUCUGAGAAGAACAAUGGAGAAGUUCAAGAUAGUAAAUGAAAAACUCCAGCUGGAGUUGAGAGAGUCUGAGCUAACCAUUACCUUUGACAUUCUUCCUAUCUUCAGUACUUUGGUUGAACCAAGUGGAUGGCAGACCUCAAGGGAUAAUAAACCAAGCAUCGACACUUACCAGAAAUGGAUACAUCCAGGGAAAUCUGCUUUUGAAUCGCCAUUCUGUUUCACAGAACUGCAAAGGAGAUUUUUCAGCAAUCUCCCCCCAAAACUGAAGGACCUAAUACUCUUGGUGAAGCACUGGUAUCAGCAGUGUCAAAAGCAGCUGAAGCAAGACUCCUUUCCCCUACAAUAUGCUCUGGAACUGCUGACAGUCUAUGCUUGGGAGCAGGGAAGUGGAGAAGAUGAUUUCAACAUAGCUGAAGGCAUCCUAACAGUCCUGGAGCUGAUCACAAAGUACAAGGAGCUCUGUAUCUACUGGACAGUCAAUUAUGACUUUGAGGAUGAGACCAUUAGGAAUUAUUUGCAGUCCCAACUCCGAAAAGACAGGCCAAUCAUCCUAGAUCCAGCAGACCCAACCAGAAAUGUUGGUGAAAGUGAUCCUAACCUCUGGAAACAUCUGGCUGAAGAAGCAAAAACCUGGUCAACUUCCUCAGCUUUUAAGAAAGAGAAUUCUUCAUCUUGGAAGCCCUGGGAUAUACUGCCAGCAUCUCUUUAUGUAACUCGAGGCCAUAUGCUUGAUAAAUUCAUCUAUGAUUUUCUCCAACCUAAACAAGAAUCCCUGGAACAGAUUAAAGAAGCUGUGAACACCAUCUUUAAGUUCCUGACAGAAAAAUGCUUCAAAGAUUCAACCACGACUGUUAAGAAAGUUGUGAUGGCUGGAUCUAUUGCCAAAGGCACAGCCCUGAAAAGCAUCUCAGACCCUGAAUGGAACCUGUAUCCAAGAGGCUCUGAUGCAGACUUGGUUGUCUUUCUUAACUGCUUCCAAAACUAUAAUGAUCAAAUUGCCAGCAGGGCCACGAUCAUCAAGGAAAUUCAAAAGCAGCUAGAAUACUGUCCUCUGAAGGAUUUUGAAAUAGAGUUUGAGGUUACAAAAUGGAAGAAUCCACGAGUGCUGAGCUUCACCCUGAAAUCCAAACUUCUUAACCGGUGCCAAGAAUUUGAUUUGCUGCCAGCCUUUGAUGCCUUAGGUCCACAGGUUUCAAAGUCUAAACCAGACCCUGAGAUUUAUAUCAACCUCAUCAAAUCAUCCAAAUGCAACAGUGGGAGUGAAUUCUCUACCUGUUUCACAGAAUUGCAAAGAAACUUCAUCAGACCUCGUACUACCAAGCUUAAGAGUCUUAUACGCUUGAUGAAGCACUGGUACAAACAGUGUCACAAGAAAUUGAAAAAGAAAGGGUCUCUCCCUCCAAAGUAUGCUGUGGAACUUCUGACAGUCUAUGCCUGGGAGCAAGGUAGUGGGAUGCAUGAUUUUAACACGGCUGAAGGCUUCCUGACAGUUCUGAAAUUAAUUAUGCAGUACAAAGAGCUCUGUAUCUAUUGGACAGUCAACUAUGAUUUUCAAAAUGAAAUCAUCAGGAAUUUCCUAUUAUCUCAACUCAACAAUUCCAGGCCUGUGAUCCUGGAUCCAGCCGAUCCCACUGGAGAUGUUGGUGGAGGAGAUCGCUGGUGCUGGCACCUCUUGGCCCAUGAAGCUGAAAUUUGGUCAUCUUCUCUCUGCUUCAAGAGCGGGGACUUUAGUCCUGUAACGCCCUGGCAAGUGCCGACGGUCCAGACUCCAGGAAGCAGUGGACUUAGACUUUUUCCCACUGUAAAGCCAAUAUUCAGCAGUACAGGAAGAAUGUUUGCAUAUUAAUGCUGAAGCCACUUUGAAGAUGAUCAGAUGUCAUCUAGAGCUUGUCCCUCGUCACUUAAUUUUCAAAAAAAAUCUAAGGAUACUUUAAUAUCUCAUGAUACUUUAUCAAAUCAAAUGUACUCAUUUUCAGUCCUCGUAGUAUGAGAUAAUAUUCAACAUCUACUACUCAAAAUUCUCCUAUGGCUUUGGUGACUUUCCUUAUUCUCCAUCUAUUUCCCUCAUUAUUCAUGUCACCUUUAUAGACCUUUUUCUUCCUCCUUCCUUCCUUUUUUCUGCUUUAUUGGUGAGGAUCUUCCUCAAGACUCUGUUCUUCAUCAUCUGGUAUUUUCUCUUGACACUCAAAGCCUUUCCUAAAUAUAUCAUCUAUCCAUGGUAGCCUUUACACUCUUUGCUUUUGCUCCUGCUGUUUUAUUUGCUAGUAGAGGACAGGAUGGGAUGGGAUAAGAUGGAAUGGAUGGGAUAGAAUAGGAUAAGAUGAGGUAGAACAGUGUGGGAUAGCAUGGGAUAAGGUGAGAUGACCAUUUUAAGUAACUAAAAGGAUAUAAUCACAUGGAAAUAGGAUUGAAUUUUAUUUGUUUGGGCCAUGAAGGAAGGACUAUGCCAAAUGGGUGGAAGUUGCAAGAGGCAAAUGGACAUUGCGAUACAAACAGAACCCAUACAAUCAAAAUUACAAGGAAAAGAGAAAGCCAGGGAAAAUAUUUGCAACAAAUAUCUCUUAUAAAGGCCUCAAAUUUCUCAAAUAUAUAGAGAACUGAGUUAAAUUUGUAAAACUACAAGUCAGUCCCCAAUUGAUAAAUGAUCAAAGGAUAUCAACAGUCAGUUGUCAGACAAAGAAUUCCAAGCUAUCUAUAGUCAUAUGAAAAUGCUCUAAAUCACAGUUGAUUAGAGAAAUGCACAUUAAAACAACUCUAAGGUACCAUCUCACAUCUAUCAGAUUCAUUAAUAUGAUUUUUUAAAAGUAUAUUGGAUGUUGGAGAAGAUGUGGUUAAAUUGGGACAUGGAUGUAUUGUUGGUGAAGUUGUGAAUUGAUCCAAACAUUCUGAACAGCUAUUUGGAACUAUGCCUAAAAGGCUAUAAAAAUAUACAUAUCCUUUGAUACAGUCAUAGCACUGCUAAAUCUAUAUCCCAGAGACAUCCCUUUCCUCUCCCCCAAAAAGGGAAAAAAAUUCAUACAAAAAGAUUUAUAACUGCUCUUUUUUGUGGUGACUAAGAAUUGGAAAUGAAAGGGAUGUCCAUCAUUCGGGGAAUGGCUAAACAAACUGUGGUAUGUGAUUAUAAUAGAAUAUUAUUGUGCUAUAAAAAAAUGACAAGCAAAAUGAGUUCAGAAAAAUCCAGAAAGAUUUACAUGAACUAAUACAUAGUGAAAUGAAUAGAACCAGGAAAAUGUUGUACACAGGAACAGCAAUAUUGUUCAAUAAAAGGUCUAAAUGACUUAGCUAUUCUCAACAAUAUAAUGAUCCAAGACAACCCCAAGGUACAAAUGAUAAAGCAUACUAUCUGCCUCCAGAGAAAUAAGUUAUAUUGAUUAUAACUAAAAGCACUCUAUUUUUUAUUUUCUUCUCUUUUGAGUCUUCUUGUAUAAAAUGACUAAUAAGGAAAUAUUUUACAAAAUUGAACAAGUAUAACCUAUAUAUGAUUAUUUACUAUCUUGGGCCGGGGGCUGUAUGAAGGAAGGGAGAGAGAGAAUUUGGAGCUUGGAACUUUCAAUAAAAUUGUUUUUUAAAAAAGAAAAAAAUAGAAAA